CUGGCCCCCGCCCCCGCGGCACAGCGGGGCGCAUGGGCAGCACCCAGAGCCUCGCACGAGUCUCCUGGCUAUACGACGCGCUGGCUCUCCAUCAUCGCCACGCGUCAAGAUUUUGCCUGUGGCCCACACAAAGAUACAUCCAGAUCAGAAACUAGGUGAAAGUGUUCAACAGCUUCUACUAACGAAAAUUGCAGUCUACCUGAUGACUUUUUUAAUAGUAACAGUGGCUUGGACAGCACAUGUAAGACUGUUUCAGGUGAUAGUACUGAUAGAUGAUGUUCUUGCCCUUCUAAAUUUGGCAUGUAUGAUGCUCAUAACUUUCUUGCCAUACACGUUUGCCUUAAUGGCCUCCUUUCCAGGUAGACCUUUUGGUAUUUUCAUGUUUAGCACCUGUGCUGUUGUCAUCGGCCUUAUCCAGGCAGUGAUAGUAGUCUAUGGCUUCUAUCAUCCCUACUUGCUGAAUCACCAGAUACAGGUAUCUGAAAACCAGGCCUUCUACAAACAUCAUAUCUUACAGAUCAUUCUAAGAGGACCAGUCCUCUGCCUUUUAGCCGCCAUCUUCUCCUUUUUCUUUUUCCCAGUGUCUUACGUUCUGCUUGGGCUUGUUGUCUUUUUGCCACACAUCACUCGGUUAAUUAUUUGGUGUAAAAACAAAACUGUUGGUCCAAAAGAUGAUGAGGAGUCUCGUCGCUUAGAGGCCUUCACUUUUUACCUCAAUGAACCUUUGAGUAAGGAACGAGUGGAGGCUUUCAGUGAUGGUGUGUAUGCUAUUGUAGCAACCCUGCUCAUUUUGGAUAUAUGUGAGGACAAUGUCCCUGAUUCCAAAGAAGUUAAAGACAAAUUCCAUGACCGCCUCACUGAAGCUUUAAGUGAAUAUGGACCAAACUUCCUUGCCUACUUUGCCUCCUUUGUAACAACUGGUCUUCUCUGGUUUGUCCACCACUCGCUCUUUCUUUACAUAACAAAAGCAACUCGAUUUAUGGGACUGCUGAACACAUUUUCAUUGGCUUUCAUUGGAGGGCUUCCUCUUGCUUACCAGCUGACCAGUGAAUUUGCAGAGAAGUCUCACAAUGAAAUAGAAGCUAUUCAGGUCAGCUGUGUAAUCACUUUCUUUGCCAGCAUCUUUCAGUUUGCUAUAUGGAUCACAGCUCUGUUCCACGAAAGAGAAACCUUGCAUCCUUUGGCAAGUUAUGGGGGCAAGGAACAUGCUUUUAUGUUUGCUAAGCUUGCGCUUUACCCGUGUGUCAGCCUUGGGGCCUUCUUUCUAACCUGCUUGUUAAGUAAGUUCAGCACAGCGAUUUUUCACAUCAUGCAGAUUGUAGUCCCAUUUGCUUUCCUGGCCCUGCGCAUCCUUGUCAAGAUUUCUUUGGCAAUUAUGAAGCCAAUGUUGUCUCUCUCCAGACGGAAGAACCUAGUGUUAGAUGAAGAGGAAACAUGUUUGUCUCCUGCUGAAACACUCUCAUAGAUUUCCAUGCAGCACAUGUGAAAUUGUAACAACCUUUCUAAUUCUAACUUGUGUUGUUCUAACGUAGUAGAUGACUGGUCUAUCCUAAAGUCUACGUUGGUCAUAACUGGGGCAUCUUUAAUGUUUAGCUAAAGGAUCUCAUGUCCCUUUCUUUAGAAAUACAAGUAUUUCUAUUACUUGGGUGAGUGGAGGAGCCAAAGAACAGCAGGAUCUCCCUCUUCAACAGACUACCCACAAGGAAAAAGUACUGCUUGAAGCAUUACUGCAGUGGUAAUGCACUAGAAACAGAUCAGAAGAUAAGCAGCAUUAACCGGUUGCUCUGACAUACAUUAUGAAAGUCAGUAACAUGGCAAUCGCUAGCAGAAUGGUUGGAAGCUGACUGUGCCACUAUUGAAGGCGGAGGGAGGAGGCUGGAAAUUGUGAAGGAGACUCCCUCUCAGCAUCCAGGUGGGAGAAUCCUCAAAAAACCUUUGUCCUCCCCAGGUAGAAUGCCAGCAUCCCUUUAUUUUCCUCCCGGGGCUCUUCCAUAAAGUCACCAAUCCUGUGGCUGCACUUCAAAAGUUGCUUGUCUUUUGGGUUGCUCUGCUGAGCACGUGCAGGCUGGAAGGGAAUGUGUGGCCCACACACAAUAGUUACAGACUACCCUCACACAAACACAAAUUCAUGAAGUCAAUCAUAGGUUAUUGUUUUUAAAAAAUAUUUCUUAACAUGACAGGAUUCAUGUGAAUAGUUAUCAUUUCAGGGUGUGAACCAGCCAUAUUCACCUCCUCCUGGGAAGACUGUUAAGAGCUGUGGGACCUGAAGUAGCUUUGUCUUCAGCUCUGAAACAAAGCUGCCAGCCAGAGGUGAAAGAAGUUUCUGCACUUCUCUCCACUAUCCUAUUAGCCCCCAGGGGAAACUCCCCGACAACAGUCUGCAGCUGGAAACAUGAUUUAGGGGACACUGGGAGCUGCUGUUCUUAACCCAAUUCCUAGGUAUGUGAGAGAGUUGACCCUUUCCCUGUCUAGAGGCUGCCCAGGGUGUUAAUAUGAUAACUGCCAUAGGCUGCACAGCUCUAGGAGGGAACAGAGAACUGACCCAGCAGGAGGAAUUACAGUGCCUAGGUGGAAGGGAACUCCUUUCUGUUAGUUCCCCCACCCUCUUCUAUGUGUGGAACGAAGUUGUUACGUUGGGCCAUGUGCCGCAGGUCCACCUUUCCCCUGAAGAAGUGUGCAGGCUACAUACUUCUCUUGGAUAGAGUCAUUACCUUGCAUUGUGAAAUGGCUGUGCCUGAUACUUCUGCUCUAGUUAAAACUAUGAGGAAUCAUGUUUACUCUUAAAAAACGCUAUAGCAAAUAAACAGAAUAAAUCUUUUUGAAAACCACUUUAAAAAAUUAGUCCAGUUCAAAUUGCAUUGAAAUCACCUCUCCUUUUAGUACAGUGCAUUUUAGUACCGAAAUGUAGUAGUUGGUAUUAUGCACCUUAUUCGGAAGGGUUGUAUCUUAGGAAAUAUCACUUUGUUUGGGGGGUUUGUACCUGGUUUAUUGUGAAUGGCUUACAGUGGGGUUGUGUAUUUUGUUGCAUAUUGCUGUUCAGUGUGAGAUCUGAUAAAAGCAGUUUUGGUUCUUUGUUCUCAUCGGUUUUACUGCUGCUGUGCAAUAGCUAUUUGUAUUUGUAAUAAUUUCAGAUCAGUUAAAAUUCAAGGCAUCUAGUGUAUUUCUGUUCCAAUUAAAUCAAAACCUGAUGAUUACAAUUAAAACAAUGUACUAGGAAUAUGUCUUUUUAUUUUCUUGAAAAAUACUGUUGUUCCAUCUUUAACUUUAGCACCUUUGGACUGGAAUCUUAAUUCAUGUAAUGGGAUAAAUCUCCUUAGAAUCCUGAUGUGUUUUAGCCAGAAGGUGAAUCUGUAGGGUGCCUUUUAUAUUCUUUUAACCAUUCAGCAAACUGUCUCUCAUCACCAAUGAUGUUUAAGAAAUUGGAGCCAUGUACUCCUACAUGUUUGUGAACUCAUGGACUUCAGUGAGAGGUCUACUUAUGCAUGAGGGAGAGUUUGAUCUAAGACAACGAAGCAGGGCAUACAAACCUGGUCUAAUGCAGAAAAUGUGUUCAGUAAAGCUUUGAUGCUAACAUUACCACUAAAUUUGAAGAAAUCCUGACUCUCUUGUGAGGCUAGAUUUAGUAGUUGAAAGAUAAAAUGGUUUAGGUUCAUAGACUUCAAGGCCAGAAGGGACCAUCAUGAUCAUCCAGCCUGAUCUCCUGCAUAUUGCAGGCAACAGAACCUCACCCCCCAACUCCUGUAACAGACCCCUAACCUGUGGCUGUUACUGAAGAUUAAUAUGAAAAAUAAGCAGCUGCACUCCAAUGUGGCAUGUCUUACAGUUUUGUUCCUGCUCUGAAAGAGCAGUGAAUUAAACUAGAUAAACUCACUGCCAGACAUAAUCAUGUUGAUAAAAUAACACCUUUGUUUUGAACCCCAAUUAUAUUGGAGGAGUGGGGCUAACAAAGAUUUAAGAGUCCCUUCCACAGACAGCAUUUUUCUACUUGUAACCCAGUUCACAAUACUCAAUUCAAAUUAGCCAUUCACGUAUGUUUCAAUUUAAUUUUCCAAACCCCUACAUUUGGGAACAAACUUGACCUGAAAGUUCCUUUAAGUGUACAAAGAGUUGGCUUUAGAUUGGUCUGACAUGUCUUUUUGUAAGUUCUGAUGAAACAAGCUGCAUUUUCAAAUGAACAGGAACUGUGGACUCCAUGACAGUUUAAACUCCACCUUUUUACAGCAGGUUUCUACCCCAAAUCAGUAAGGAUUACAGCUAUUUCUUUUUGACACAACUGUUUUUAUAAAUGUUGCUUUUGAUCUAAUGAAAAUGGACAACUCAGAAUUAAAGAUUGUACCAAAGAGUGUU